AGAAGUCUUAAUGUAAAAGGAAGAAGCUCCUUAAAUUUUGCAAAAUAGCGCUGUUUUUAAUACAGGCAAACAUAGAAUAUUAAGCAUAAACAAUGACAUAAAGUUAUUAGAUGUAAAUUAAUAUAAAAAAUUAAAUGUAUUAUUAAUCAAGUGAUCUCAGUACAAGCAGGAUAUAAAGUUAAUUAGUAACACAAGUGAAUUGUGAUAAAAUAAAUCAAGGAUAACAAUUAAUUGACGAAUGGCACACGACAAAAUGGAUCGCGACGAGGUUUUAGUGAAGCUUGUCGAGCACGAAGCAAUUAUAUGGAAGCGAAAUCAUCCUCAAUUCAAGAACAUAACGUCAAAGGAACAGGCUUGGGGACGAGUAGCGUAUCAAUUAGGAAUUACAUCAACGGAAGCUGAGCGGCGAUUUAAAUCCAUCCGAGAAAAAUAUCGUCGUCGUAAGAUUUUAUUGGAACGAGAUGUAUCGAAUAAUGUGGAACAUUCUAAGCUUAAACGAUGGGACUUGUACAACAAACUCACAUUCCUAGAUGAUUAUAUGAUUCCGAGGAAUGGAAAUGAAAGUCUUGGAAUGAUAUUGACUAAAGGCGAAAUGUUAUCAAGUGAAAACAUUACAUCGACAAAUGAAGUAUCAAUCCAUCCAAUUCCCAACAACAAAUCAGGUUUACACACAUCAACACCUAAUAAUGAUCAACAAAAGCAUCUCCAACAACUUGGUAAUUUAAUUAUUCGACCAGUUAUGCGUCAAGUGAUGUCUGAUGCUAAUUUAUCUCGUUCAUCACAAUCGACACCAAGUCCCAGUACAACCACAGCUAAUAUCACAACAGAAACCAAUGAGAAUUUACAUUUUGAUCCAAUAAUUAAAAUGGAAGUUGCAGAUGAUGAUUCAAAUGAUGAAAGGAACGAUUGUGGAGAGCCAAAAAGCUGUGAAAAUGGUAAUUUCAAUUAUGUUGGUGACUACAUAGCAGCUGAACUGAAUAAAUUGCCGCUACGUGACGCAUUCAUGUUAAAAAAUAUUCUUAUUCGAGAAGUAUUAGCAUUUAGUGAAAAGCUAUUGAUGGCACACGAAAAGCAAUAAGGUUGUAAUAUAUCCAUGAAUCUCCAAAAAAAACAAUACAAUUGAUGCCAUAAUAUAUAAGUUCAAACAAACAAAAAUACAUCGUGCCAUUACAUCAGUCGAUAUCCUGACUUGAUUGAUCGAUAGAGUUCAUAAAAUGUAACAUAUUUAUUUUUUAUUUAUCCCCGCUCGUGUCUGUUUCCAACACUUUAUGCCAUUUUUGCAUUGUUUUUCUGUUUUUCACUCAGUAUUAAUUAAUUCUGACAUCUGACACAACCUCCAUAUCCAUGCUCGUUUUAAUAAUUAUUAUAAAUAUUGCUUUUUUUCCCAUUGUGAAAAACUUUAUACUAGCGUUCAACAGGUUCCUUUUUUAUUGUAAACAUAAUAAUGCUAAUAUAAAUAAUUUCGCUAUUAGCUGCUAUGAAACAAAAAACACAUUCCGGGUGAGAUUAAUUUAUAGAUGUUAAGUUAAUAGAGUUUUAAGGUAUUUUUUAAAAACAUAUUUAUAUGAAAAAGACAUUCCAG